UUUUUAAAAGUAAAAAGACCUGGAAAAGGAAACAAGUUUGAGCGUCUUUGGAUCUUUUGUGGAUUGUGUCAUAAUUCUGCCAAAAUAAGAGUUAACUUAGUGUAUUAUGUAAAUGCGUCCACACAUGUAGCCAAUCGCGUGCCUUCAUCAGUCUAACACUGAGACACUUUUAGUGUAAAACGAGCGUAAUCACACAGGAUUGCGCUUGUGCCUGGUGUUGGUGCGCAUUUUACGCGCCAGCUUAAAUAAACUUUUAGGCAGCAGCUGGAUCUCCCGAGACCUGAAUCAUGGCAGACAAGGAACUUUUUAAUGUGAGAGCAAAGUUCGUGGGUAAAGUGUCCAAGCCCGUCUUGGAAUUGCUGGCCGACGAUCUUCUUCAAGAUAGAGUUCUGAAUGAUGCCGAAAGGGAGUCAAUAUCUGAAGAAAAAAGAAGGGAGAUGGCCUGCAUGCUGAUUGACAUCGUGAGGAAAAAAGGCUCGAAGGCCAGCUCGAAGAUGAUUGAUCACUUAGAAAAAAAUGAUCCGUCUCUUUUCUCUGAACUGGGUCUGUCCGGUGCUCAUCAGCCACAGAAAAAUGUACAUCCACAGAGCGAUGAGGUGACAACAUCUGUCCUCACCAUCCAGGAUUUCUGGAAGACGAAACAAAAUGAUCCAGAGGUUUAUCCUGUGACCAAAGAUACUUACAAGAAUCGUGUUGCUCUGAUGAUCACAAAUAAAACGUUUUUGAAUGAGAAAAUGAACCGGAGUGGAGCUGAAAAAGACGAGGAGAACAUGGAGAGACUGCUUUCAAACCUGGGGUAUAAAGUGGAGAAGCACACAAACCUCACUGGAAAGGACAUUAAUGAAGCUUUCAUUAGCUUCUCCAAACAGCAAAAACUAAAGCAGACGGACAGUGUGAUCGUCGUUCUCAUGUCUCACGGGAAGCUGGGAGCUGUUCUCGGUGUUGACGAAUACGAGUUUCCUGUCAACAACAUUUAUGAACACUUGGGUUCAGAAAAAUGUCCAGCAUUGUUGGAUAAACCCAAAAUCAUCAUCAUCCAGGCCUGCAGAGGAGCUCAAAAGGGAUCUGUGCUCGUCAGUGAUGGUGAAAGCCAAGCUGGAGGGUUCCAAUCUCCUGCUGCUGCAGAAGAUUUACUGGAGGACAGUUGGAGAUAUGUGCACAAAGAGAAAGAUUUCAUUUCACUUCUUUCCUGCACUCCUGAUACUGUGUCCUACAGGCAACCAGAUCGCGGGUCGAUCCUCAUCCAGUAUAUUGUUGACAUAUUCCGCAGUGAUGCAAAUACUCAGCACAUCCAGGAGCUCUUCAGAAAAGUGAUGUUUCGCUUUGAGAGCUUCGAUGUCUCCAACAAGAGACAGAUGCCGACCAUCGACAGGACCACGGUGUCGAAGCACUUCUACUUCUUUCCAGGCCUCGGAGACACAAACCAUUCUUGAUGCAAAGUUUACAACACCUCAGUUGAUACUUUAGAAGUCUUUCACAGCAAAAACUGAAUCUUAGGAAAGUAAAAAGCCCCUUGUUUACCUUGUUUUUCUUUUUUCUGUCUUGCAAGAAAAAUAAUUUUAUCUAGAAAGUUUUUUACUAAUAAAAAUAAUCUUAGUUUUAGAAAACUAGAAUUUUUUCUUCAGAUAAAGAUUCUUGGUUAGACUUUUUUUUUGUUCUUAUUUAAGGAACUUCUACCAAUGGGGUAAAAAUGUUUGAUUUUUAUCUAAAUGACCUAUUUUUGCAAUGUGCCAAAAAAAUAAGCUUAGGAUAGUGAAAUGUAUUUGUGUAAUGUUUCAUCUUUUAAUUGUCAAAAUCAUACUGAUGUCAUUCAAGCUCAGAAAGGAAACAUUUUCUUCCAAUUCGACCUCAAAGUACAUGCAAACAUGAGCUGGAAAGUGACUUUUUUUAAAUAAACUUCAUCUUAUUAAAGGGAACUUGUUUAAACUCUGGUAAAAUAUUCCUGGAGUUUGUAAUCUAAAAAAAAAA